UUCAAAACCCUUAACCGACGCGCAGCUGGAGUGACCAGCGAGCGCCUCUGCACGCCGCUGUUUCACGGGGUUCGUGCUGUUCAACCUCUCCGGACUGUCUUACCUCCGAAUCCCCUCCCGACCGCCUGCGAACCUGUGGCGGAGUUAGCUUAACUUGCUAGCUCGAAAUAAACGGAGGAGGGCGUAGCCUAGCAACGCCGCUGCUUGUCGGGCAGACUGCCGCGGACCGAGCUGCGCCCCGACGGGGUUCGUCUGCAGGAAAGGGCGGUGUAGCUGGGUGAAAAUGUCGAAAGUCCAAAUGCUGAGAGCCUUCGUGAGCCAGAGACUCGCCGCGGCUGCUGAGGAGAUAUUCGGGCUGUUCGAACGGACGAUCGCGGAGUACGAGGAGGAGAUCGGUCGCCAGCGCAGCCUGCUGCAGGAGGCUGGGAAGGCUGCGAUGCAGGCAGACACAGCGGUGUUCUCCGCAAAUGUUGAGAAGUUUACGGUGAUUAAAGAGGUUGCCCUCGUGCAGGAGCAGUGCAGCAGUGGUCUGGACCAGCUGGACCCAAAGCCACCACACAUUAAAAAGGAACAGGACGAACUCUGGACCAGUCACGAGGCAAAGCAGCCUCAAGGGCUGGGAGAGACUGAGAGCAAGCUCCCGUUAACUUCUGUCCCAGUGAAGAGUGAAAAUGACCAUGAAGAAGAGAAAGCUCAGUCCUCAAAACUUCAUCAAAGCCAGACUGAGGAGAACAGAGAGGCAGAGCAUUUGAAAAUGGAGGCUGAUGGAGAGCACGGUGGAGGAUCAGAACCGGCCAGGAACUUUGAUCGGGACGGACAUUUACGUCCAGAUAGUAAUAAGACUUCAAAUUCCUCAGAGACCGAAGACAGUAAUGAUGACUUUAAGCAGAGCGGGGAACCGCAGCCAGGUUGGAAUGCUCUGGAAAACAACGAAGUCCCUGUAAGCGAUAUGGGAUAUAAUGCGGCCAAAAAAUCUUUUGACUGCUCUGCAUGUGCUAAAAGAUUAGACAGUAAUGAGCAUCUGCAGAUCCACAUGAAAUGCCACACAGGAGAGAAAACAUUUACUUGUCCCUUUUGUGGUAAAAGAUUCACAAAGAGCUCAAAUUUGACCACACACUUAAGGGUUCAUACAGGAGAAAAGCCCUUCACCUGCUCAGUUUGUAACACAAGUUUUAGUCUGCGUUGCACGUUGGUGAAUCACAUGAGAGUCCAUACUGGGGAGAAACCAUUCAGCUGCUCAGUUUGCAGUAAAAGAUUUUCAAAAAAGGCGAAUUUGACCACACACAUGGCCCUCCACACCGAGGAGAAGCCAUUUAAAUGCAGGAUUUGUGACAAAAGAUUCACCUGGCACUCACAAGUCAGAAACCAUAAGUGUGCUGUCGACGGCAGCGGGUGAAGGUGGGGAGCUGCUGGUUGAUCGGCCACUGUGACAGAGAAACUACAUGCAACUCUAUGCAACUAGAGCAGGAAAAUAACCAGACAAUGCUCAGCAGAUUGUCUUUACUUUAAACUGGGAAGACACUGUACGGAUGUUAUCAAUUUUGUAUCAUGUGUUAACUCGCACUACACGUUUUAAUUGGCCUGUCUGUGGCCUUCCUGCAACUUCACACAGUGUACGGACGAAUUGACCGUCCACGACACGGAGCUCACACUGAAUGUAGGAAAGGAGCCUCCCGUCGGUUAUGUCCAGUGACAACUCCAAUAAAGUUUUUUGAAACAAGAUAUCUGGUCUCCUCAGGGUUGACAAAGAGCGAAAAGGCAGCUUUAUGGAAAGUAAGAAGAAUAACAGGAUAAUAUGGAGCCGCAGAUGUCUGGACGAUGUAGUCAGUGUGACCUGUCUGUUCAGCAGACAAGUUCAG